CUACUGAACAAAUAAACCAGCUUACUGCCGCUGAAUUGAUUCAACUAAUACAGCAACAAAAUAAUCAACGAGACGAUAUUGCGCAGGGAAGUAUUAAUAAUUUCUCUAAUGGUGAGAAGAUCAAUGAGAAAGCUAAGAAUCAUGGAGCAGAAAGUAUUGAAGCGAAUUCUGGUCUUUUAUUUACAUCAACAGCAGCAUCAACAUUAGAACAAUCGGGCCCUUUUUCUGUUACCCCAUCUCCAGUAUCCACUGGUCAGAUACAGCCGACUUCUUCAGUCAACGUAAAUAGUGUUUUACAGAAUCGAAAUAAUGGCUUAACCAAUCAACAAGCCAUUGUUGGAUUAACGAAUAAACCCUCACAAACUCCGAUCUUUCCUUCAUCAACAUCUUUGUCUUCGUCAGGUAUAAUUUCAAAUCAGAACUUGGGUUUACCAGUUAAGAACGACAAAUCGAAUCAAAGACAAACUCAAACAGAACAAAAUAAGCAAAGCAAUAAACAAAAAACACCUUCGCCAAUGGGAUCGCAAUCAGGUCUACAAUCUCCACCUUCUGCUACUGAACAAGUCACUGAAAAGAGCAAUAAUCAGCAAAAAUUAAACACUAGUGCAUCACCCACAACACCGUCGUCCUCUUUGACAUCAUCUACUCCACUUGUUUCAACAGCAACUUCGCCUAUUCGAAUACCCAUUAAUGGAAUAUCAGUUAAAUCCUCGAAUGAUGCGAUCUCUAGUCCAUCAUUGACGUCUUCUUUGACUUCUGCAACUGAUUUAUCAUCGCUUUCAACUGAACAAAUACAACAGCUUACUAAGGCUGACUUGAUUACACUUUUACAAAACCAAAAUAAUAAAGAGAAACCAACUUCACAAGAAAGUUUAGUACCUAAUGUUGGACAAAACAGCGAUUCAGCGACUGCAAUAGCAACAGCAGCUGCAUUAACGUCCCUUUCUGAUUCAGAUGAGACAGAUGACGAAGAAUCAACUGAAGAAACAUCAGAUAUUAUUAGACAAUCGGUGAGACCUGUACAGACUCCAAUCACCUCUUCGUCUUCACCAACUGAUUCACUUUCUACUGAACAAAUACAAAAGCUAAACACGGAUGACUUGCUUCAACCGAUACAGCAACAGAAUAGUGAAACGAAAACAACUUCACAAAAAACUUUAGCCCCUAUUAUUGGACAGAGUAGUGCGAAUCAACCAACAGUGAGUCCUAAUGUUGAAUCACCAACCUCACCCUCAGCCUCAUUAGCAUCUCCGAAUCUUUUAACUCUACCAACAACUUCAGAGAGUUUCACACCUAACAUUGAACAAAACAGUGACAAGAGUAAGAAUAAGCCAACAGUGAGUUCUGAUACAGAUUCCUCAUCCACAUCGUCAUCUGAUUCAGCUGUAUUAACUCUACCUUCCAAACUUUCAAAGCAAAUACCAAGUAGUUCAGAAAUAGAUUUACCUCUAACAGCAACUGACACAGCGAUCGCCACAGGAACUGCAAUCGCAACAGCACCAGCACUUUCAUUUUCUGCUUCAUCUUUGCUAUCGGCUGCACAGAUACAAUCGUCUAAUUUGCAUUCACAGCAACAAAAUAAUGAUUCGACUAAACAAAAAAGCAACCUUUCUGGACCUUUAAAUAAGUCCUCUCAGACUUCAAUUGCACAUCCAUCACCUAUUUCGCCUUCACCUAUUCCAUCCCAAGAUAGUAUGACCUCAAACGCACAAAUUAUUACUCCUAAUUUGAAUAAACCCACUUUAAGUGACCAAACAUCUUCAACCUCAACACAAUCAAACUUACUCUCACAACUUUCUCCAUCUCAUUCGUUAGGCAUCAACAGUGACAAAUCGUCCGAUCAUCAACAAGUUGAAACAAAUUCCGAUAAACCAAUAGCAAAGCACAAUAGUCAAAAAAGUCAACAAAAAAUACCUUCCAGAGUAGAUACAUCUCAUUCCAAAUCAACCCCUCAUUCAUUGGUAUCGCUGCCAUUUUCUUUAUCAACAAAUUCUGGUCACCUUCAUUCAUCUAAUAGACAACCAUCAAUCGGAUCAACUAGGCUGAAACAUCAGCAACAUGGAAAAAAUCAAAAUAUUCAUCCAACAGAAAGCCAAACGAAUAAAGGCGCGACAAAUAGACCAACAUCAAUAAUUCAAAGCAGCAAAGUACCAAUUGAUGCUUCAAAAACAUUAGCAUCCACAUCAACUUCAUCCUCGUCUGCAUCCGCACCUUCUGAAUCAAUAUCGACGACUUCUUCCUUAGAUUCACCUCCAGCCAUUCACCAACAGAGUAAUCAGCAAACCCAACCUAGUGAAAGUUCAACAUCUUUAUUGCAGUCUAAUCAACCAGAAUCACAGAUCAACGAGCAAAGGGGAGAUGAAACUCUUACAAGAAAAUCAACAUUAAAUGGCGUAUCGAAUGGAUUAUUUACAGGACUGGGCUUGAAUACAGAUUCACUAACUUCUUCUUCGGCAUCAAAUAGCGCUCUUCAAUCACAGUUAGAUGUGAAUAAACAAUUUCAGAUUAUACAGAAUGAACAAAACAAUAAAUGGACUGCAGAUUCACAAGUAAAAACCCCAUCAAUGGGUCGAACAGAUAAAAAUUUCAAUCUGAAUAAUCCAAUAAUUGACGCGGGUUCGUCAUCUUUCCCUCCAUCUUCUUCUUCAUUGCUGUUAGACAAACAAAUCGAAGUACCAGAGACAACUGAUCUGACCAAGUCUGGACAACAACAAACAACACGAUUGAGUGAAAAUACAAGUCUUUCGCCUUCUCAAACAGUUGGUAAUGAGUUUCAAAUGAAAUCCAAUGAGCAACAUGAUUUAGACGCUUUAACUGCACUUGCACAAGAACAACGCAACAAUGAAAAGUCUACAAAUUCAGGACAAACUAUGCAAUUUACAAAUCAAAACUUGACCAAACAAGGUUUAAGUACGCCAAGGAUGAACAGUGACUCGCUUUCGUCAUCUUCAGCUCCAAAACUGUCAUCAGGUAAUGCAGCGAAAACUUUAUUGUCACCUAAUAAUGAUGAAUUGUCGUCAAUCAUCCAUCAAAUGGGAUCCAACAAAGACUCAUCAUCAACAUCAUCUUAUGUUUCAUCUUUACUUUCUGCUGAACAAAUCCAACAACUUACUCCAAAUGAUCUAAUCAAACUGAUUCAACAAAAAAAUAAAGAAACAACUGACCAAGAAGUGAUCAAUCGUGAAAAAUUUGAUAAAUCCUUACAAACUUCUGGUCCAAGUUCAGUUUCAUCAUUGCUUUCUGCUGAACAAAUUCAACAGCUCACUCCGGCUGAAUUACUACAAAUGAUCAAACAGAAUGACAAGGAGAAAACGAAUUCAGCAGAAAAUUUCAGCACAAAAGUUGCACAAAGCAGCGACGAAGGUAACAGUAAAUCAACUGUAAGCACCGAUGCAAGAUCCUCGUCCUCAGCACCAACAGUUAAUGUCUUAACUUUACCCUCAACUUCAAUACAUUCGAAGCAGAUACCAAGCAGUACUACUGUGAACUCAGAAAUUGAUUUACCACUAGCAACUGCCACAGCAACCGCAGCAGAAACUGCGUUAUUAACAGCAUCAGCACUCUCGUCUCUUGAUUCAGACUCGUCCUCAGUGAAUCUUCCACUUUUAAAGUCAUCUUCAAAAGAUGAUCUACAACUUGAGAAUGCAGAUUCAACUAAACAAUCAAAUAUUGCUAGACCAUCAGCGAUCCUUUUGCCAACUUCAAUAACAUCUUCACCAUCUUCGUUUUUAUCAACUGAUUUAUCUUCGAAUGAACAAAUACAAAAGCUUAACACAGACGAAUUGAUCAAACUGGUACAAGAACAGACUAAUAAAGAAAAAACAAAUGAGGGUUUAGCACCUAACGUCGGACAAAACGGCAACAAAAAUAAGAAUCAUCCAACAAUAAACACUGCUACUGCAACUCAAUCUUCACCUUCUUCUGUAUCACCGUCAACUUCGAAACUAUUAACAACUCAAUCUGUUAUACCUUUACCAUCGAUGAAUGAGCAACUCCAGUCUGACAGUCUAAUAAGUUCAGCAGCUUUACCUUUAGCAUCAUUAUCAUCUUCUAAUUUAGGUUCACCGUCUACAACAGCAAAUAGUCACGUAAUAAACGGAAAAACUGAUGUGCCUUUAUCAGCCAUAGAAUCAGAGUCUUUAUCUGAUACAUCUUCAACCUCAGACUCAUCUUCAAUUUCUGCAUUGAAUAAACUCACAAAAACUCCGAUCUUGCCUUCAUCAACAUCAUUGUCUUCGUCUACUUCAUCUCAGGAUAGCAUGAUGUCAAAUCAACAAAUCAUAAAUCAGAACUUGAAUUUAACAGUUAAGAACGAGAAAUCAAAUCAAAGGAAAACUCAAACAGAACAAAAUAAGCAUAGCAAUGAACAAAAAACACCUUCACUAACCGACACACCGAUCGAAACAAGUCUUCAGCCUCACUUCACACUCACAUCUUCACCAAUUGAACAAGUAAACGAAAAUAUCAAGAAUCAGCAAAAAUCAAGUAGUGCAUUACCCACAACAACUUCUUCCUCAACCUCUUUAAUUGAUUUAUCAUCGCUUUCAACUGAUCAAAUACAAAAGCUUAGUAAAAGUGACUUGAUUACACUUUUACAAAACCAAAAUAAUAAAGAGAAACCAACUUCACAAGAAAGUUUAGUAUCUAAUAUUGAACAAAACAGCAAUAAACCAAAAUUAAGUUCUGAUGCAGAAUCCUUAUCCUCAUCAUCAGCUUCGUCAUCUAAUUUAGCUUUAUCACUUUUACCUGCGACUUCAAAACUUUCAAAGCAAAUACCAAAUAGUUCUGAUGUUAGUUCGAAAACAGUUUUACCUCAAUCAGCAAAGUCUAAUUCAGAGAACGCGCUUAAGCUCACGCAACCACAAAACCAUAAGGAUGAAACAACUUUAAAAGAAAGUUUAGCACCCAUCAUUGGACGAAAUCAUGACAAAAGUCCGAAUCAACCAACAGUCAGUCCUAAUGUUAAAUACCCAUCCUCCGCAUCAGGGUCAUUAUCAUCAUCGAGUCUUUUAACUCUACCAUCAACUGAACCUGUUUCGAACUCUAAAACAAUUAAUGUUAAUAAAAUACCAAGUAGUGCUCAUGUGAGCUCAGGAGUUGAUUUGCAAUCAGUAUCUGAAUUAGGAUUUACAACCAAUACAGCAUCAGAAUCCUCUUCAUUACCUUCCCUAUCGGGCAAACAAAUCCCAAAGCAUUCCACACAAGACCAGAAUAAACUUUUGAAGCAACAGAAUAAUCAAUUAGACAAAACUUCAGAAGGAAGAGAAACACAGAAUGCUGAUCAAAUCAAUGAAAAAGAUACGAAACCACUAGCAAUAAGCUCUGGUACAUCACCCUCGUCUACAUCUCACUCACCUCAAUCCUCCUCAUCCAUACUUCCAUCUACUUCAUCGUUGUUGGUACAACCUUCAGGAUUAACACCAUCAGCAUCUCCAGAUUCUUCUUCUUCUUCAUUCGAUUCAGCGUCAGCUCUAUCUGCUUUAUCUUUUCUUUCUGCUGAACAAAUCAACCAGCUUACUGCCGCUGAAUUGAUUCAACUAAUACAACAACAAAAUAAUCAACGAGACAGUAAUUCACAGGGAAGGGAAUCAUCUCUGUCAACUAAUUUGUCUUCUCUAUCGGCAGAGCAAAUCCAACAGCUUACUCCAGAAGAUUUGGUUAAACUAUUAAAACAACAAGAUAAUCAGUCGAUUAAAACUUCAGAAGGAAGUGAAACAAAUAAAGCUGAUCUAAUGAAUGAUAAAGGUACGAAACCAAUAGCAAUAAGCUCUGAUGCAUCAUCUUUAUUCUCAUCCCCAACAACAUCAACUACUUCAGCUCUCUUGACUUCGCCAUCAACUGCAAAAAUUUCGUCUGAUUUGAAUUCAGAAUCAAUCAAUAAUAAGCAAUUACUCAAUAGUAAUAGUAUAAGCUCAAAGACUGGCUCGUUGGCAUCAACAUCGUCUCAUUCUGCAGCAUCUGCACUUAUGGCUGGACAGAUUCCUCAGGCUUCAUCAAUAAGCUCUGAUGCAUCACAGAUAUCCUCAGCUUCUCCAUCUAAUCCAACUCUACCAUUGAUUUCAAAGAAUCCAAAGCAAUUAUCAACUGGUACUGGUGCGAGUUCAGAAGAAGAUUUACCUUUAACAGCAACUGACUUAGCAAUCGGCGCAGGAUCUGCAAUAGCAACAGCAUCAGCACUUUCAUCUUCUGAUUCAGACUCAUCCUCAGCCUUGCUUCCACUUUUACAGUCAUCCUCAUUAGGUGAUCUUAGUUUACAAAAUGACAAUCAAGAUUCAACUGAUCUUAAAUCUGGAAGUAUUGUUACACCACUCAACAAACCUCCACAGACUUUAAUCGCACCAUCAGCAUUAUCUUCUUCAUCUCUUUCAACUGAUUUGUCUUCAUUGACGGCAGAGCAAAUCCAACAGUUUACUCCAGAAGAUUUGGUUAAACUACUAAAGCAACCGAAUAAUCAAUUAGACAAAACUUUAAGUGGAGUUAUACCACAGAAUGCUGAUCAAAUCAGUGGUAAGGAUACGAAACCAUUAACAAUAAGCUCUGGUGCAUCACCGUCGUCUUCAUCUCACUCGGUUUUACCUUCAUCCUCAACAUUACCAUCAACUCCAUCGUUGCAUGUCCAACCAGCAGCAUCAACACAAUCAGAAUUAGCAGAUUCUUUAUCAACUUCUGCAUUAGCCUCAGCUUCAGCGCUAUCUUUGCUUUCUUCUGAACAAAUAAACCAGCUUACUGAAGCUGAAUUGAUUGAGCUCAUACAAAAACAACAAAAUAACCAACGGGAAAGUAAUUCACAGCGAAGUAAAUCAUCUAAUAGUGAAAAAGAUACGAAUCAAGCAUCAGCUCUAAUUUCAGCAUCAUUGAACCCAGCUCUUUUGGUUACACCGACACCUUCUACUGCUUCAAUUCCAGUAUCCACAAAACAGAUACGGCCGUCUUCUUCAGUCAAUUUAAAUAAUGGUUUGGUUAAUCAACAAGCAAUCGUUGGAUCAUUGAAUACACCCUCAUCUUUGUCUUUGUCUACUUCAUCUCAGGAUAGUAUAAUUUCAAAUCAACAAAUUGUUAAUCAAAACUUGAAUUCACCUGUAAAGAAUGAAGCAUCAGUCGAUCAAACUCAAACAAAUCUCGAAAAAAUGACACAAACUGAAGAAAAUAAGCAAAGCAAUGAACAAAAAACACCUUCGCCAAUGGGGUCGCAACCGAGUCUCCAAUCUCAACCUAAAGUAGACCUUAAAACACCAAUAAAAUCUCCACCUUCUGCUACUGAACAAGUCACUGGAAAAAGCAAUAAUCAUCAAAAUAAAGGUUCGCCUAUUCAACCCAUUAAAAGCAUAUCAGUUAAAUCCGCGAAUGAUGCGAUCUCUAGUGCAUCACUGACGUCUUCUUUGACUUCUUUAACUGAUUUAUCAUCGCUUUCGACUGAACAAAUACAACAACUUACUAAGGCUGACUUGGUUGCACUUUUACAAAACCAAAAUAAUAAAGAGAAGCCAACUUCACAAGAAACUUUAGUUCCUAACAUUAGACAAAACAGUGAUACACCAACAAUAAAUUCUGAUACAGAAUCCUCAUCCACACCAUCAACUUCGUCAUCUAAUUUAGCUUUAUCAAAUUUACCUUCGACUUCAAAACUAUCGAGCAAAAUCCCAAUUAAUUCUGGUGUGAAUUUAGAAAAAGAUUUACCUUUAUCACCUACUGUGCCAGCGACUGUGACCGCAAAAGCAUCAUCACUCUCAUCUGCUGAUUCAGAUUCAAAUGAUGAGACAGACGAGGAAGAAUCAACUGAAGAGCCAUCAGAUAUUAUUAGACAAUCGGCGAGACCUGUACAGCCUCCAAUCACCUCUUCGUCUUCACCAACUGAUUUAUCUUCCCUUUCUACGCAAACAAUCAAAAAGUCUAACACAGACGACUUGCUUAAGCUGACACAAUCACAGAACCAUAAUGAUAAAACUUCAGAAGAAAGUUCAGCAACUAUCAUUGGACAAAAUAAUGACAAGAGUGUGAAUCAGCCAACAAUAAACACUAUUACUCCAACUCCAUCUCCACCGCUCUCUUUAUCACCAGCAAAUCCAGUUCUUUCAACUUCACCAUUAACUUCGAAACUAUCAAUACCUCAAUCUGUUCUACCUUUAACGUCAAUUAAUGACGGGAUUAAGUCGGAUAGCUCAAUAAGUUCAGCAGCUUUUCCUUUAACAACAUUCUCAUCUUCUAAUCAAGGUCCACCGUCCUCAACAGCAGAUAAUCCUCUGAUAAACGGAAAAACUGAUUUACCUUUAUCAGUCACAGAAUCAGAAUCUGGAUCUGAUACGUCUUCAACUUCAGACUCAUCUUUAAUUUCUGCAUUGAAUAAACUCUCAAAAACUUCCACCCCGCCUUCAUCUUUAUCUUCAUCUACUUCAUCUCAGGAUAGUGUGAUCAAACAACAGAAUAACAAGGAGAAAACGAAUUCAGCACAAAAUUUCAGCUCAAAAGUUGCACAAAGCAGCGAUAAAGGUAACAGUAAAUCAACUGUAAGCACCGAUGCAAGAUCCUCAUUCUUAGCACCAACAGUUAAUGCAGCUGUCUUAACUUUACCCUCAACUUCAAUGAUUUCGAAGCAGAUACCAAGCAGUACUACUGUGAGCUCAGAAAUUGAUUUACCACUAGCAACUGCCACAGCAAAUGCAGCAGCAACUGUACUAUUAUCAGCAUCGGCACUCUCAUCUCUUGAUUCAGACUCAUCCUCAGUCGAUCUUCCACUUUUAAAGUCAUCCGCAAAAGAUGAUCUACAACAAGAUUCAACUAAACAACAACCAGAUAUUGCUAGGCCAUCAACGAUACCAGUGCCGACUUCAAUAACAUUAUCACCAUUUUCUUCGACGUCCUCUUCGUCUUUAUCAACUGAUUCAUCUUCGAAUGAACAAACCCAAAAACUUAACGCGGCUGACCUGCUGAAACUGAUACAAAAACAGAAUAAUAAAGAAAAAACAAAUGAAAGUCUAGCACCUAAAUUUGGACAAAACAGUAACAAGGAUAAGAAUCAACAAACUAUAAACACUAUCACACUAACUUCAUCUUCACCAUCCGCUUUAUCAGAAUCUACUCCAGUUAUUUCAACUUCACCAUCAACUUCAUCUCAGAAUAGUGUGAUUUCUAAUCAAGAAAUUAUUAAUCAAAAUUUGGAUUUGCCUGUAAAGAAAGAAAAAUCAGCCGAUCAAAGGCAAAGUCAAACAAAUUCCGAGAAACAAACUGAACAAAAUAAGCAAAGUAAUAGACAAAAAUCACUUUCUCUAAAUGACUCGCCAUCAAGUCUUCAACCUGACGUUAAAGCAAACCUACAGACACCAAUAAAAUCGUCAGCUUCAACUUCUGCUGUUGAACAAGUCACUGAGAAGAGUAAGAAUGAGCCCUCAUCAAAACCUUCGUCCUCUUUACCAACAACUUCACAACCCAUAAUAGGAUUAGCAAAAAAAUUAGAUGAUACCAUCUCCAAUCCAUCAACAACAAAAUCUUCUAUGACUUCUUUAACUGAUUUAUCAUCGCUUUCGACUGAACAAGUACAACAGCUUACUAAGGCUGACUUGAUUGCACUUUUACAAAACCAAAAUAAUAAAGAGAAGCCAACUUCACAAGAAACUUUAGUUCCUAACAUUAGACAAAACAGUGAUACACCAACAAUAAAUUCUGAUACAGAAUCCUCAUCCACAUCAUCAGCUUCUUCAUCUAAUUUAGCUUUAUCAACUUUAACCUCAAAACCUUCAAAACAAAUACCAAAUAGUUUUGAUGUUAGUUCGUCAACAGUCUCACCUUUAUCAGCGAAAGCAACAGCAGUUCCAAUACCAUCAUUAUCUUCAGAUUCAUCUUCCCCUGUUUCAUCGAUGCUAUUGGCUGGACAUAUACAGUCGUCUUCUUCGACUGACUUGUCUCCACAACAGCCAAAUAAUGAUUUGAUACAACAAAAAACGAACCUUCCUCUACCUUUAAAUAAGCCCUCUCAGACUUCAAUUAACCAUUCAUCACCCUCUUCGACUUCAUCUAUUUCAUCUCAGGAUAGUACAAUCUCGAAUCCGCAAAUUAUUACUCCUGAUUUGAGUAUAUCUACCUUAACUAACCAAGGCUCAUCAUCUAAUUUAGCUUUAUUGACUUUACCUUCGACUUCAAAACUUACAAAGCAAUUACCAAGUAAUGAUGUUAUUUCAAAAACAGAUUUAUCUUCAUCAGUUACUGUGCCAGCGACUGCAAUAGCAACAGCAGUAUUGUCACCAACAUCAGCACUCUCAUCUUCUGGUUCAGAUUCUGAUUCUUCCUCAGUCUCACUUCCAAUUUUACAGGCAUCUUCAUCGGAUGAGCUAGGUCCACAAAAUGACAAUGAAGAUUCAACUGAUCAACAAUCAGAUAUGGUUAGGCCAUCAGAGAAAGCCGCUCAGAUUCCAGUCGCACUAAUAUCUCCAUCUCCUUCUUCCUCUUCAUCUUCUUCAACUGAUUUAUCUUCGACUGAAAAAACCCUUAGCACAGAAUCGCUCAAAGUGAUACAACAGAAAAAUAAAGAGAAAGGAGCUUCACAAGAGAGUAUCGCCCCUAAAGUCGCACAAAUAAGUAACAAGAAUGAUAAUCAGCCAUCAAUAAGCGGAAGUGCUUCGUUGAGACAACAGAAUAAUAAAUUUGACAAAACUUCAAAAGAAAGUGAAGCAAGUAAUGCUGAUCAAAUCAAUGAUAAGGAUACGAAACCACUAACAAUAAGCUCUGGUGAAUCAACCUCAUCUUCACCUCACUCAGCUCAAUCCUCAGUUUUACCAUCUACCUUAACUUUACCAUUGACUUUACCCUCAGCCUCAUUAGCAUCUCCAUAUCUUUUAACUCUACCAACAACUUCAGAAGAAAGUUUCGCACUUAACAUUCAACAAAACAGCGACAAUCGUAAGAAUAAGCCAACAGUAAGUUCUGAUACAGAUUCCUCAUCCACAUCGUCAUCUGAUUCAGCUAUAUUAACUCUACCUUCCAAACUUUCAAAGCAAAUACCAAGUAGUUCAGAAAUAGAUUUACCUCUAACAGCAACUAACGCAGCGAUCGCCACAGGAACUGCAAUCGCAACAGCACCAGUGCUUUCAUCUUCUAAUUCAGGCUCUUUCCCAGUCACUCUUCCACUUUCAAAAUCAAAUGAUCUAGGCCUACAACUUGAUGCUUACGAUUCGACUGAUCAACAGUCAGAUAUUGUUAGACAAUCGAAUAAACCUGCUCAGAUUACAAUCAUAUCUACUUCAGUUCCAUCAACUUUGUCCUCUAGUUCAACUGAUCUAUCUCCAAUCGCGACUGCACAAAACCAAAAACUCACUACAAUCGACUUGCUUAAGCAAAUACAAAAGCAGAACAAUAAAGAGAAAAUAACUUCAGAAGAAGGUUUAGCAUCUAACAUUGGACUAAAUGGUGAUCAAAGUAAGAAACAGCCAACAAUGAGCACUAAAACUUCACUCCCUUCAUCAACUGGCAAACCAUCCACGUCCAUUCCAUCCUUCUUAACUUUACCGUCAACCACAAAACUUUCCUCGUCUGAAUCUCCUCUAAGGUCUCAAUCAAAUACUAAUAAGCAAAUAACAAGUAGUGGUCAUGUGAACACAGAAAAAGAUUUAUCUUUAUUAGGAACCACAACGACAAUUGAUACAGCGUCAGCCUUUUCGUCUUCUAAUCCAGACUCUUCGUCUUUGCAGUCAUCGGAAAAGAUACAGCCGACCUCCUCUGGAAACUUGCAUUUGCAGCAUCAAAAUAAAGGCACAGCUAACCAAAAAUCAGGUAUUGUUACACCACUAGACAAACUUACACAGACUUCGAUCGCACCUUCGUCAUUAUCUUCUUCAUCUCUGUCGACUGAUUUGUCUUCAUUAACGACAGAGCAAAUCCAACAGCUUACUCCACAAGAUUUGGUUAAACUGUUGAAGCAACCGAAUAAUCAAUUAGACAAAACUUCAAGUGGAAUUAUAACACAGAAUGCUGAUCAAAUCAGUGGUAAGGAUACGAAACCAUUAACAAUCAGCUCCGGUGGACCAUCAUCUUCAUCGCACUCAUCUCAAUUCUCAUCCUCCUUCUCUUCCUCACCAUCAUCUACUUCAACGUUGUUAGUGCAGCCUUCAGGAUCAAUACCAUCAGCAUCUCCAGCAGCUUCUUCUUCCGCUUCUGCAUUCGAUUCAGCGUCAGCUCUAUCUGCUUUAUCUUUUCUUUCUGCUGAACAAAUCAACCAGCUUACUGAAGCCGAAUUGAUUCAACUAAUACAACAACAAAAUAAUCAACGAGACAGUAAUUCACAGGGAAGUGAAUCAUCUCUGUCAACUAAUUUGUCUUCUCUAUCGGCAGAGCAAAUCCAACAGCUUACUCCAGAAGAUUUGGUUAAACUAUUAAAACAACAAAAGAAUCAGUCGAUUAAAACUUCAGAGGGAAGUGAAACCAAUAAAGCUGAUCAAAUCAAUGAUAAAGGUACGAAACCAAUAGCAAUAAGCUCUGAUGUAUCAUCUUCAUUCUCAUCCCCAACAACAUCAACUAGUUCAGCUCUGUUGACUUCGCCAUCAACAUCAAAAAUUUCGUCUGAUUUGAAUGCGCAAUCAUUCAAUAAUAAGCAAAUGACAAAUAGUGAUCAUAUGAGCUCAAAGACUGGUUCGUCUUCAUCGGCAUCAAAAUUGUCUUCUUUUACUGCAUCUGCACUUUUGGCUGGACAGAUUCCUCAGGCUUCUUCAGUGGACUCGCUUAGUGAUUUAAAAAAACAGCACGAUGGUGUGAUAAUGCAACAGUCAGGCCCCAGCAGCUUAUCAGCACAGCCUUCACAGACCCAAAUCGCAGUUCCAUCUGCUUCUUUGGAUUCUAAAUCUCUGUCUAAUGAACAAAUGCAGCAGCUUUCUCAAGCUGACUUGAUUAAACUAUUGAAAGAACAGAAUAAUAAAUUUGGCAAAACUUCAAAAUUAAGUGAAAAAAAUAAUGCUGAUCAAAGCAAGGACACGAAAUCAACAGCAAUAAGCACUGAUGCAUCAUCAACUUCCACUCUCUUAGUCUCCCCUUCAGCAUCUUCUGAUUCUUCUUCUUCUGCAAUAGUUGACUUGGGUUCACAACAUCAAAAUAAAGGUAUGAAUGACCAACAAAAAAGCAUUGUUAGACCAACCUCUGCAUCAUCUUCACUCUCUGCUCAACAACAAACUACUGCAACUGACCAAGUCAAACAAAUUCAGAAUAAAAAUAUCGAGCCAAAGAAUCUACAAGCUAGCAAUAUCGAUAAAAUGAAAGCAUCUUCUCAAGAAUCUUCCCCUUCGGUAACUGAUUUAUCUUCACUAACAACUGAACAAAUACGGCAGCUUACUGCAACUGAAUUGCUUGAACUACUAAAGCAAAAAAAUAAUCAAUGGACUAUUAAUGGACAGGGAGGUGAAUCGCCUAAUAACGAGCAAAUUAGUAACACUGGGAAUAAACAAUCAACAUCGACCAUGUCUACUCCUUCGGUCAGACCUUCACCCUCGUCAUCAGCAUCAUCAACUUCCUCUUCUUCUUCGACUUCUUCACUUCUUGCUUCUCCUAAACAAAACCAACAGACGAAUAAACUCAAACAGCAAAAUGUAGGGUUGACUAAUCAACAAUCGCUAAAUCAUGUUCUACUUAAUAAGCCCUCUCAGGUUCAGAUUUCAUCUGUAUUGCCAUCCUCAUCAUCUGUAGCUCAUAAAGAUCAGAAUGUUGACAAUCAAAGUACUAAAGUGUCAAUGAUAAACACUAAUCAAUCACCAAAAGAUUCAUUACUUCCACCUGCAUCAGCCAUUUCUUCUGGACUUGCUUCUUCCACAACAUCCUUUGAUGCUGGGCAAAUCAAUCCAUCUAAUCAAGCAAGCACGCAAGACUUGAGUCAGGAAAACUCCGCUUCAAGUCAUUCGUUUAAUCAACAGGGUAAGCAGAGCUCCUUAAGUACCCACACCCGUCCAAAUCAAGAGGUAAAACACCCAACUAAACCUGGAGAAACAUCGCCUUCACUAACUACAGCAUCUUCGUCGUCGUCUUCUUCAACUUCAAAUUCAGGAUUGACGCCGUCAACAUCGUCAGUUAAUCCAACGUAUUCUGUUCAAGUGAAUGCACAACACAAUCAAAAAGAUCGAGGCACUUCAGGAAAACAAACAAGUGACUUUGAUACCGGCAAACUGGCAGAUGUAAGUAGCCUUUCAUCUUCAUCUGCUUCUCUCACUCCUUUAACGACAUUGAAUGAAAAAAAUUCAUCAAAUCAAAAGCUGACUCUAGAUGACUUGAUGAAACUGGUUCAACAGCAACAACAAAAUAAUCAAUGGAACACAAAUUCACAAGGAGAAAGAGCAUCAAUUGGUCAACUAUUAAAAGCCAUUGGAUCAAUCAAUGAAUCUGCACAAAGUUCAUCAUCAUCGUCUAUUCCGUUGUUUAGUGUAGAUCAAAAACAAAUGGAACACAAAAAUCAAUUUAAUCAAAAUAAAAAAACUGAUUCGCAAUUAAUGCAAAUGAACAAACAGGGCUCAACAAAUCCAAUAAUAAGCGAGGAUACUUCUGCAUCCACUUCAGCAUCAUCUAGUUCAUCUUCUGAAUCUUCCUCUUCCACUGCAAGUGCCGAUAAAAUUCAACUUUCAAAACAGCAACAAUUAGAUUUGUUUAAACUGAUACAGCAAACCCAAUAUAGCUCAAAAGAAAGCGCCGCAUUAGCAAGUCAAUUCGGUAUCAAUCGAGGUACAACACUUUUGUCACCAAUAAGCUCAUCUUCAUCAACUCAAUCAACUGAGUCUGUUCCAUCAUCCAUUUCAUUGUCAACCACGAAUACUGAACAAGUUUACUUUAGCAAGCAACAGAUCGUCGCAUAUUUGAUUGCAUUGAUUCAAGCCCAGUUGGCAAAAAGUCCACAAGGAGCUUCACCAGUUUCAUCUUCGUUUUCUUCAACUUAUGAUUCUACACAAAAUUACCAAACUGAUGAGCAACAAAUCGUAGUGCUGUUGAUUGAAAUUUUACAGCAACAGCAACAGAACGAUCACCCGACAAGCUCUCUUCUAUCAUUGCUUUCUAAAAAUAUAUUCAUCAUUUCUGAAUUACCACCUCAGCUGUUAUCUUUAAUCACUUCUUUAUUCACAACUAGUUUAUCACCAAGAGCCGAACAUCUUUCAACAAUUAAUAAUCAAAUGAAUUCAGCUGAUUUGAAAAGAUUGUUACAACAAAUAAAACAACAAAGUGAUGUCGAGAAACAAUUGAAAAGUCAAAUAGGUUCUCAAAGAGAGCAACAACUCGACAGUUCACAAUUAAUCUCAGCUUUAUCCAGACUUUCAUCAAUGCCACAGACUAAUGCACCUUCCGUUGGAAUCAAUCCAGCAAAUGUCCAGUCCAAUAAACAAUGGAAUUUGAAUUCACAGCAACAGGCAGCGAUUAAAGCUCUUCAAUCAAGUCAACAAUAUAAGCCUGUAGAUGAUCCAUCAGCAGCAGCAGCAGCAGCUUCAUCAUCCAUGGAUUCCCAAUUAUUUGAAUAUCCAAUAUUGAUGGAUCCAACAAACACCAAAGGUUUGAUCCCAACAAUGGAAGAUAUAGCCGAACAAGGUAUUUUAACGCUGGAAAAUUUCGCAAGUGAUUUACUCGGACGUUAAUAACCAAUUUGAUUCAAAUGAAAUAUGAGAAUGGAAAUAUAGUAGCCGAUCCCAUGAACUGAUUUCUGUAGCUGUAUUUCCUUGCAUUCCAAUGUAAAAAUUUUACCAAAUAACUAUAAUCAAUAAUGAAGCAUCUUUAGCUAUAAUAGGUGAUGAAAAUGAAAAAAACCAUUGAAUUAAUAGAUAACAUAACAUAAUAAAAUAAUAAAUGGCAAUAAAUGUUCAAAAUAAUU